AUGAUCUGCUUUUCAGAUAAUACCAUCCAGUCGAUUUUCUGCUGUUGCUGUUCCGUGCAGAAGCGACAAGUGAGGACACAAAUAAGCCUUAGCAAAGAUGAAGAACUUUCAGAAAAAUACACGCAGCGUCGCAGACCAUGGUUCAGUGAAUUGCCAAGUAACAAGCAAUCCAACAGGGGCCGAGUGCAGCCAUCAAAACGCAAGCCGCUGCCUCCCCUCCCAGCCUCUGAGUUUGCUGAAGAGAAGAUCCAAGUCAAGGCACUGUAUGAUUUCCUGCCCAGAGAGCCCUGUGAUUUAGCCUUAAAGAGAGCAGAGGAAUACCUGAUCUUGGAGAAGUGUAAUCCUCACUGGUGGAAGGCAAGAGACCGCUUGGGGAAUGAAGGCUUAAUUCCAAGCAACUAUGUGACUGAAAACAAACCAACCAACUUAGAAAUAUAUGAGUGGUACCAUAGAAAUAUCACCAGAAAUCAGGCAGAACGUCUUUUGAGACAAGAGUCUAAAGAAGGUGCAUUUGUUGUCAGAGAUUCAAGACAUUUGGGAUCCUACACCAUUUCUGUGUUUAUAAGAGCUGGGAGAAGUAUGGAGGCUACCAUCAAACAUUAUCAGAUUAAAAGGAAUGACUCAGGACAGUGGUACGUGGCUGAAAGACGCCUCUUUCAAUCAAUCCCUGAGUUGAUCUGGUAUCACCAGCACAAUGCAGCUGGGCUCAUGUCCCGUCUCCGCCACCCAGUUGGGCUGAUGGGCAGUUGUUUGCCGGCCACAGCUGGUUUUAGCUAUGAAAAGUGGGAGAUAGAUCCAUCUGAGUUGGCUUUUGUAAAGGAGAUUGGAAGCGGCCAGUUUGGGGUGGUCUAUUUAGGCCAGUGGCGAGCACAUGUCCAGGUAGCUAUCAAGGCCAUCAAUGAAGGCUCCAUGUCUGAAGAGGAUUUCAUUGAAGAGGCUAAAGUGAUGAUGAAGUUAUCUCAUUCAAGGCUCGUUCAGCUUUAUGGAGUGUGUAUACAGCAGAAGCCCCUUUAUAUUGUGACGGAGUUUAUGGGAAAUGGCUGCCUGCUUAACUAUCUCAGAGAGAGGAAAGGAAAACUUAGGAAGGAGAUGCUACUGAGUGCAUGUCAAGAUAUCUGUGAAGGAAUGGAGUAUCUGGAGAGGAACUGCUUUAUCCACAGGGAUUUAGCCGCGAGGAAUUGUUUGGUCAGUUCUACAAGUAUAGUAAAAAUUUCGGACUUUGGAAUGACAAGGUACGUUUUGGAUGAUGAAUAUAUCAGUUCUUCUGGAGCCAAGUUCCCAGUCAAGUGGUCCCCUCCUGAAGUUUUCCAUUUCAAUAAGUAUAGCAGCAAAUCUGAUGUCUGGUCAUUUGGAGUUUUGAUGUGGGAAGUCUUUACAGAAGGAAAAAUGCCUUUUGAAAAUAAGUCAAAUUUGCAAGUUGUGGAAGCAAUUUCUAAAGGCUUCAGGCUGUACCGACCUCACCUGGCACCGAUUUCCAUAUAUGAAGUCAUGUACAGCUGCUGGCAUGAGAAACCUAAAGGCCGCCCGACGUUUGCUGAGCUGCUGCAGGUUCUCACAGAGAUUGCAGAAACCUGGUGAC